AUGAACUUGAGCAGUUAUGUAGCUGUGCUAGCUCGAGAGAGGUCGGGAUGGUUAUUCAGCUGGCUUCCUGCCUGGUGUCCCACAUCACUGCUACAUCUUAAAGAGGCUGAAGACAGAAUGCUAAAAUGUAUUGCAAGCACAUACAACAAACGGUAUGUGUACCUAUCUAAUGGAAAUAAAAUAUGGACACUGACAUUCUCUCCGGACCUUUCUCAUAAAACUCCACUCGUUCUUCUUCAUGGGUUUGGAGGUGGCAUUGGACUGUGGGCUCUCAAUUUUGAAGAUCUCUGUGAAAACAGGACCGUUCAUGCUUUUGACCUCUUGGGAUUUGGCCGUAGCAGUAGACCGCACUUCGACAACGAUGCUUGCGAAGCAGAAAAUCAGUUUGUAGAAUCCAUAGAAGAAUGGAGAAAGGAAGUGGGGUUAGAAAAAAUGAUUUUCCUCGGACACAACCUAGGUGGAUUCCUGGCUGCUGCUUACUCGUUGAAGUACCCAUCAAGGGUAAAGCACCUUAUCUUAGUGGAGCCAUGGGGUUUUCCAGAGAGGCCUGACAAUGCUGAACAAGAAAGACCCAUUCCAAUCUGGAUCAAAGCCCUAGGAGCUAUUUUAAGCCCGUUUAAUCCUCUAGCUGGGCUGAGAAUAGCAGGACCCUUUGGAUUAAGCCUUGUGCAGCGUUUAAGACCAGAUUUCAAGAGAAAAUAUUCAUCAAUGUUUGAUGAUAACACUGUGACUGAGUAUAUCUAUCACUGCAAUGUGCAGACACCCAGUGGUGAAACUGCUUUCAAGAAUAUGACUAUUCCUUAUGGAUGGGCCAAAAGGCCAAUGCUGAAACGGAUUUCACACAUGGAUCAAGACAUUCCAAUCACUGUGGUCUAUGGAGCACGUUCGUGUAUAGAUGGCAAUUCUGGCAGCACUAUCCAGUCUCUGAGACCAAAUUCAUAUGUGAAGACAAUAGCUAUCCUUGGUGCAGGUCAUUACGUGUAUGCUGAUCAACCUGAAGACUUCAAUCAGAGAGUGAAAGAUAUCUGUGAUUCUGUGGACUGACUGUGUUCUAGUGUGUUCUCUUUAGAAGUUCUUACUAUAGGUAACAUUGAUAGCAAUACUCUGUAGGAAUUACUAAAGAACUCAGAGCUAAUGGAGCAGGCGCUGUUUGCACACUAUUUCUUCUAAGAAGUCAUUUGCACACUUAAACCACUUAGUGCCUUUUGCAGGGAUAGGGUGAUUUUAAGCAAAUUUUAUACAGGUUUGUUUGAGAUUUGUCUUUAGGUAUUGGCCUGUCAUAUAUGAAAUUACGUACAACUUUUUUAAACUGGAAUUUUCUUCAAAUUGUAAUUGGA